AUGCCGCGAUGUCGUAGUGCCGGUUACGAUCCACCAUUGGUCAUCAACAGCAACGUUACAUCUGCCCUCCUUCGUGUAUUGGAUAAUGAUGAUGUUACUGAGGACGUAACAGACGUUCCAUCGCUCAGCUGGAGACGACCGAUGGCACUGCACUUACUCGAUCGACUGGAGCGUGAUGAGAAAGACUUUGCUGAGGUCGAAGCUUUGAAAUCGUCGUCUCCGGCUACUGCUAGGCCUAAGGUGCGUCAACAUAUCACUCGAUCUAUUCUGACAGCACUAGAUGAUUUGGAGGAAGAUUUGAGCCGGGAAUGUCGAGAGCGCGGGCAAGUACUGCGAAAAGUGAUAGAGUUAUUACAUCACGGCGUCGAUGCCCAGCUGAGCAUGCUCGAAGGUGAGAAGCAGGAACUGCAGGGGGAAGUAAGAGGACUUGUGAAGGAAGUGACAUCGCUGGGAGCGAAGGCAGAUUUGGCGCGGGCAGCGGCAGUCAGAGCGAAGAUCAUCGAGGCAGGGUUACGGAGUCGGUUGGCUGAGUCCCGCGAUGAGAUCGAUCGGUUAUAUGCUGAAAAUGACGUUCUGAAGGCUGACGUUCGGUCGGCCCGUGCUCGGACUGAGAGUGCAGGAGCUGGUCCACUGGAGAGUAGUGGGCGUGCAUGGUUUAGUGCGCUAGGCGAACUGUUAGAAGGAAGCGCGGCCGAGCCAGGAGUCCUCGGUUCAUUAACGUCGGGUCUGCCUGCAGAGCUUGCGGAGGCCGUCAGGCUCCUUGCUGCCCAUUCCUCCAUGGUUCACGGGGAACUGACCUUGUCAAGAGUGGCCGUUAGGGAUAUUAUGGCUCUUCCACAGCUGAGCGAUGAGGAGGUGCAGGCCAGCAGCUUCCUGUCAUCUUGUGAUGGGGAGGUACAGACCAUCGUUGGAGCUGUGAUGGAGGUGGCUGUGGGAACUGAAUCACCCUAUCCCCAAGUUGAUUCUGCGAUUCAAGUCGGGUAUUCAACGGAUGAAAGCGAGUCAGAGGCGUCUUCGCCAACACCGUCAGAAUUUGAUUCGGAGGGCGAUGAUGAGGCCGUAGAGGAGGGUGACUUGGAAGCGGCAGAACUUCUCAGCAGUGACUUCGCCAAGUUGAUCGAUCCUUCUCUGUCGGGCUUAGAGAUGUCUAAGGGGGCCUCUAAGAAGGCUGGUGUUUGGAGCCACACUGACCUGCACUCUACCAUUGACCGGUUGUAUGAUGCCCUCCCUGGUCGGUUCAAGGCCACUGGUGAGCGUCUUAAGUCGGUUGCCUUGUCUAUCAUGGCCUCCUUGCGACAGCAGCAUGGGAUUCCAUCGGUCGUGAUGAAGAGGGCUUGGCAGCUAUUGCGCAGUUUGAUUUACUGGAAGUCUCCCCCUGGGCACGGCUCGUGUAUCACAUGUUCCACCUUUGUGAAAGUGCUCCUGGGAAAGGUCACUUUCUCGGAUUUCCGAAUCAUGCUUUAUUUCCGCCGACUAAUGCGUCGGCGCAGCAAGCUUAAGCACGACCUUAGGAGCUUUGGAGUGAGACGACCUGAAUCGGCGGUGGCUAUGAGUUUGACGCAUGAGCUCUUCUCCGAUGGUAUGGUCGUUGACGAUAUAGUCACGGCCAUUACAGCUGGCCAAGCCGGUCCAAGAGCCUGA